UCGAAAAUCUCCUAGGGUGUUUGAAAGAAAAUUUUUUGGUUUUGCCGUCAACUUCUUUAUAUUUUUUUUAUUUUUAUUUUGUGUACUCCACAUACUUCCAUUUAUUCUUUUAAUCUUUUCCCUUCCAUAUUCCACUGACUUAAAAGUUCCUUGUUUAAAAAACAUUUUUUGGGACUACUAAAUAUUUUUUGAGACCAAAGAACGUUGUGGUAAGUAGUCCCUCACUUUUGAAAUCGAUGUUUAUACACGUAACAUAUUGUGACUUGCCUUGAGAGAAGGCGAAAAUAUGACAGAGACUUUGUUUAUUGGGGCGAAUGUGUCCUAUAGGAAAUAGGUAAACAUUAAACUAACAAGUGAAGACUUGGUUAAGGCCAAAAUAUUAGAGGUUUACUCAAUAUUUCUUUCGUUUCAACUCACAUUUUAUGAUUUAAAUCGUUUAUUUUUCAGAUAAAAAAUAUUAAAAUUGUUUAAUAUAAUUUCUAAAAUGAAGCCAAAGGUUGGAAUUAAUGGAUUUGGACGUAUUGGACGUCUUGCCCUGCGUGCAGCGGUUGAGAAGGAUACUGUCCAAGUUGUUGCUGUCAAUGACCCGUUCAUUGAUCUUGACUAUAUGGUCUAUAUGUUCAACUAUGAUUCCACCCACGGACGUUUUAAGGGAAAGAUUCAAGCAAGCAACGGAAAUUUGGUAGUUGAGAAGGAGGGAAAGUCUACUCACACUAUCAAAGUUUUCAACUUCAAAGAACCUGAAAAGAUUGACUGGGCAGGUUCUGGAGCUGAGUUUGUCAUUGAGUCGACUGGAGUUUUUACGACUACCGAGAAAGCUUCUGCUCACUUGAAGGGCGGAGCCAAGAAGGUGGUUAUCUCCGCUCCAUCUGCUGAUGCUCCAAUGUUUGUGGUUGGUGUUAAUGAGGACAAAUAUGAUCCUUCCAAGCAUCAUAUCAUUAGUAAUGCUUCCUGCACUACUAAUUGUCUUGCUCCUCUUGCAAAGGUCAUCAAUGACGAGUUUGGCAUUAUUGAAGGUUUAAUGACUACUGUCCACGCUGUUACUGCUACACAGAAGACUGUUGAUGGCCCUAGCGGCAAGCAGUGGCGUGAUGGUCGUGGCGCAGGCCAGAAUAUUAUUCCGGCAAGUACUGGUGCUGCGAAGGCUGUUGGAAAGGUAAUUCCUGAAUUGGAUGGGAAACUUACCGGAAUGGCUUUCCGUGUGCCGACGCCAAACGUUUCUGUUGUUGAUUUGACUGCUCGUUUGGAGAAGCCAGCAACUAAGGAGGCUAUUAAGAAUGCAAUUAAGACUGCUUCGGAAGGAAAACUUAAAGGGAUUCUUGGAUAUACUGAGGACCAGGUUGUUUCUACCGACUUUCUUGGAGACACUCAUUCGUCUAUUUUCGACGCCGAGGCUCUUAUGGUUCUCAACCCGCACUUCGUUAAAUUGGUUAGCUGGUAUGAUAACGAGUUUGGGUAUUCCUGCCGUAUUGUUGACUUGAUUAGCCAUAUUGCUUCCAAGUCUGGUUAG